UAUAAAAGAGCAAGAGACGGAAAAAGCGGGCCCGGCGGCGUCAGUAAAUAAUAACAGUGGUCUGUGGCUGUGGCUGUGGCUGUGGCUGUGGCUGUGCGUGGCUUUCACACCAAUCAUCAAUCACCAAUGACCAUGGAUUCUUCUUCUUCGCCCUAAGUUUCGAUGCAUGGAUUAGGAUUAUUACUUAUUUAUUCCUCAUCCAACUUGCAAUACCUAAAGCUAUAAUGUCCGUUACGGAGCUCAAGGAGCGUCACUUGGCGGCCACGGAAACCGUCAACAAUCUCAGGGAGCGUUUGAAGCAGAGGCGUCGUUCACUGCUCGACACAGAUAUUGCUGGCUACGCCGCCUCUCAAGGUAGAACCCCUGUCACCUUUGGCCCCACCGAUCUCGUUUGCUGUAGAACGCUUCAGGGCCACACCGGAAAGGUUUACUCCUUGGAUUGGACUUCUGAAAAGAAUCGAAUUGUUAGUGCAUCCCAAGAUGGGCGCUUGAUAGUGUGGAAUGCUCUAACAAGCCAGAAAACUCACGCUAUAAAGCUUCCUUGCGCGUGGGUCAUGACCUGUGCCUUCUCACCAACGGGUCAAUCCGUUGCGUGUGGGGGCCUCGACAGUGUUUGCUCCAUUUUCAAUCUCAAUUCCCCCACUGAUAGGGAUGGGAAUCUCGCCGUUUCGCGCAUGCUUAGUGGACACAAAGGCUAUGUCUCCUCUUGCCAGUAUGUUCCAGAUGAAGACACUCACUUGAUCACUGGUUCCGGUGAUCAGACUUGUGUUUUAUGGGAUAUUACUACUGGCCUUAGAACGUCUGUUUUUGGUGGUGAAUUUCAGUCUGGUCAUACUGCUGAUGUGCUUAGCAUUUCGAUUAAUGGAUCCAACUCUAGAAUGUUUGUAUCUGGUUCUUGUGAUGCAACUGCCCGAUUGUGGGACACUCGCGUGGCAAGCCGAGCAGUGCGGACAUUUCAUGGGCACGAGGGAGAUGUUAAUUCUGUCAAAUUCUUUCCUGAUGGAAAUAGAUUUGGAACUGGCUCAGAUGAUGGUACUUGCAGAUUGUUUGACAUUAGGACUGGUCACCAACUACAAGUAUAUCAUCAGCAACAUGGUGACAAUGAAGCUGCACAUGUGACCUCCAUUGCAUUCUCCAUAUCUGGAAGACUUCUUAUUGCUGGAUAUACAAAUGGUGCUUGCUAUGUUUGGGACACUUUGUUGGCAAAGGUGGUCUUGGAUUUAGGAUCUCUUCAAAACACUCAUGAGGGCAGGAUCAGCUGUUUAGGUUUGUCAGCUGAUGGAAGUGCCUUGUGUACAGGAAGUUGGGAUACAAACUUAAAGAUAUGGGCAUUUGGAGGGUAUAGGAGAGUGAUGUGAGCCAUUAAGAGGAGCAAAGACUUGUAUUUUGACCUUUGUCUAUGCCUCUGCUUUCGUGAUAUCGUGGUUCACAACAAACAACCCAAUAGCGAUGCUUUCGAUGGUGAAUGUGAAGAAAAAUUGGAAGGCAAAGGUUUUAAGAAUGGGACUAGUGCGGCGAUUUGUUAAUCCCGUAUCCAUUGGUUCGUGUGUGUGAUCUGUAGUUUUUCCAUUGUACUCACCGCUUCCAUACCUGUACCUUAAACUGUCUCAAUUUUAUUUGAAAACAUUACAACUUGGUAAGACAUACUUCACCAGCGGUGAAGAAUCAAUGGAGUCACAGACAGAUGGAGAUUAUCGAGUUAAUAAAUAUUUUUUAAAUUUAAUUAUA